GAGAGGCUAUGGCACUGGGUUAGGGGACCCACAGCUUAGGUUUAUGGGCACUGAGGACGUGGGCUACAGCAGUGCAGAGUCAGAGAGCAAAGGGGGUGCCCAGAACAUGCCAGAUCCUCAAACAUAGCUGAUAUCAAGGCUACAAUGCUAAACCCAACAUCUUCUUCUGGGCCUCUGAGUGUCACCUGUGGGAAAGGACAUAAAGCAGAGCAGAAGGCCAAGGUCGCCCGGCAUAAAGGGAAAGGAAUUGUCAGGUGGCAUGGAGCCGUGUCUACUAAUCUUCCAAAGCAGAAUGUGCUCACCCCAAAAGAGGAUUCUGCAAGUGAUUCUGAAUCAUUACUGGUUCCCAAUAAGAAGAAGAAAAGUUUUGGGCAGAAGAUGAAGGCAGUGCUGGGGAAAGUGGUGCCGGCCAAGGCUAGUAAUCCCAAACACACCAAAGCCCCUGGAACUGACUGCUCUCUCGGGAAAGAGUCACGGUUUUCUCCAACACAAAUCCGCCUCACUAAAAUCAUGAAACAUCUCCCCCUUCCAAGGGAAAUACCCAAGGGCAUUGCAAGGAGCAUCUCUCCUCCUGCAACUCUCCAACUGGAUAUUAAUGUUGUAGAGGCAGAAAGUCAAAGACUCACAACAGACAAUGUGGUUGUACGUUCCAGAAGGAUGACCAGGCGCGUAUCAGUGACUUCUCUUCCAAGUGGACUGCAGAAGGGUCCUUACCAACCUAAGAAGAAGCAUUUUGCAUUUGCCAAAAAGACAAGGAAACCUGUUGAAAAGGUCCGAUACCAUCCAGGCUACACGGUGGGGAAUCUUCAGAUGCAGGUGGAUGAUCUUAUUGAAACCAUUUCAGAGAAAUCAACUAAGCUUUUAGCGCAGAGGCACGAGGAGCUGCGGCAGUGCGAGUCCCUGGGAGAUGAGAUCCUACAGUCCUCCAAGCAGUUCCAACGAGUUGCCAAGAAAACCUCAAGAAAAUACAGAUUCAGGGAUAUGUGUUUUCCAUGUGUCUGCUGCUGUUGCUGCUGUGAGGGCACGUAACAGGCCCAGGCCGAGGGUUGCAGACUGUUGCACAUUGCAAUAAACUCACAAGAAUCACAGAA